GUUUUCCCAUAAAAUGUCACCUUUGAACUAGCAAUAUGACAAGUUAACAUUUUACCGAUUCUUUGAUAUUACGUAAUAAGGGUUAUUGAUGUCCUCGACGAAAACCUGGGAACGCAAAAUUGUCCAUGUUUCGUAAACCGAGGGAAAAUAGGCCAUUAGGGGGCUAGACUUCAAGUACGCACAAUCGUUGACACCCAGCCCACCGACAACCUGCCGAGACAGAAAUUUGACGAAUCUACCGAUUUACGUGAAUAAACGGAGUCCUGGUUUGACUCAAUGAAAUAAAUGGUCACGUUGUACAUACCACACAGUAUAGAACGUGAUUUAUCCGCUACUGAAUCGUGUUGAAUUCGAUCUUAUUAUCUGGUGGCUAGAUAAUCAUGAAAAAAUGACACAAGACAAAUUAUAGUUCUCUUAAAAGGAAGAAAGGAAAAAAAUACACAAGCUUCUCCAUGAAAUGCGGGAAAUUUUGUUUCGAUUCUCCUUAUAUUUCUUCUUUCUUAAAUUAUGUUAAGAGGACUGCAGUCUCAUGGUCUUGUCGAUUCAGAUGCUGGCAGUGGACAUGUUCGUAGGUACAGGGUACAGCACUAUAUAUCUUUUGCCAAUUCGAACUUUUGACCUUUUGACGUUGAACAUAGUUAUACUUUUGACAGUAUGUAAACAAUAACCUAACCUAAAAACAGUUCAAAAUUCAAAUUUGAAAUAUUACAGCAACGUGUAUUGAUUUUGGGUAAAUGGCAGUGGCUUUAGGCUUUGAAGGGAGCGCCAAUAAAUUAGGCAUAGGCGUUGUGAGAGAUGGAGAAAUUCUGUCAAAUUGCAGAAGAACUUAUAUCACUCCAGCCGGUGAAGGGUUCUUGCCUAAAGAGACAGCUCAGCACCACAGAGAACAUGUGUUGAGUGUCCUGAAAGAAGCCUUAGAAGGGGCUGGAGUGAAGCCGCAAGAUGUUGACGUAAUUUGUUAUACUAAGGGACCUGGAAUGGGAGCUCCAUUGGCUACAGUAGCAGUGGUAGCUAGAACAGUUGCUCAGUUGUGGAAUAAGCCUCUGUUAGGUGUUAAUCAUUGCAUUGGGCACAUUGAAAUGGGACGUUUAAUAACAGGUGCCAAAAAUCCAACAGUUCUUUAUGUUAGUGGUGGGAAUACUCAAAUAAUAGCUUAUUCAAGAAAGAGAUAUAGAAUAUUUGGUGAGACCAUUGACAUAGCAGUUGGAAACUGUUUAGAUCGAUUUGCAAGGGUAUUAAAAGUUUCCAAUGACCCUAGUCCAGGAUAUAACAUUGAACAGUUGGCUAAAAAGGGGAAGAAGUAUGUCCCAUUACCAUACUGUGUUAAAGUUUUUGAUCUUCAUAUAAACAUUGGUUUAGGUAUGGAUGUCAGCUUUUCUGGAAUUUUGACUUACAUCGAAGAAAGGAUAGGAAAGUUGAAAAAAGACGGAUAUACUCCAGAAGAUUUAUGUUUUUCUAUGCAAGAAACUGUGUUUGCAAUGUUAGUAGAAACAACAGAAAGAGCAUUAGCUCACUGCGGUUCUACAGAAGUAUUAAUUGUUGGUGGUGUAGGCUGUAACCUCCGCCUACAGGAAAUGAUGGGUGAGAUGUGCAAAGAGAGAGGGGCCAAACUGUUCGCGACUGACGAGCGAUUUUGCAUUGAUAAUGGUGUCAUGAUAGCACAUGCUGGUGCAGAAAUGUUCAAGGCUGGUGUUCAGAUGAAGUGGGAGGAUUGUACUAUUACGCAGCGGUAUAGGACUGAUGAUGUUGAGACGGUUUGGAGAGAUGAUUAGACUUGUGGAAAGACUCGUGAUAUUAUUCUGCUGAAGCACCUUCAUUAAGAUGGAGAGUUAGGCAAGAUUAAAAAUAAGAAUAAAUACAAUGAUUUUUAUUUAUUUUUCAAUAUACAAAAUCAUUCAUCAAUCAUUUGUAAAGAUUUUUCUGGCUAUUCAAAAAUAUGCGAUUUUAUAUUAUAUAAAAGACAUGCUCUCACCGAAACUAACCGAAAAAGCCAACAGACAAGCAGAUGAAUAGAAAAAUUAAUUACUGGUAUUAUAGUGUAGGCUUGUACAAAUAAUAUCCAGUACUCGACAGUUUUUCUUGAUUAUGGAUCUUGCGUUUUAAGAGAUAGUGUAAUUGAAAUAACAGCAAAUGAGUGUUUGUUUGCCGCUGAAGUUUUCGAAGUAAAAAAUGUAAACAAGGAAAUUUUGUCGCAGUUUUUGACUGACCCUUGAGCUGAUUUUUCAACUUUGGGAAGAGAAAAAAGUCACAAGGUCUCAGUUAGGUGAAUAAGGAGGCUGCGGAGCCACAUGAAUGUUUAUACUGGCCAAAAACUCGUUUAUGGACAUUGCUGUGUGACAAGGAGCAUUAUCGUGAUACAACACCCAGUUGUUCUUGAUUUGAUGCACGGUGUUGUUGGUCAAAUUUAACUCUUCCCUCCGAU